AUACUGGUGAUCCGCCAGUUAUCCUACCAUCUACGUGUUAAGCAAAUUGCAUCCUUAAUGCAUUUAAUCAACAACUGUAGAACCAUGUUCAACACUGUCUUUGUUGUGAUACUACUGUUAUGUGCUUUUUGUUGUAUUUUGGUGGACUUACAGUCAGGGGGAUUCUUUUUUUCCUUUGAGACUGAAAACGGCAUCAAGCGGGCUUUCGUAACUGGCACUGAGAACUUCCACGGUGUCUAUAUAUACAAUACUAACGAUGGUGCAAGACACGUUGUUCAUUUUGGAGGCAGUGAGCGGGACAGCGGUCCUUUUGUAACCUUAAACGGGCCAGUAACAUCACGACCAGUGGGACCACCAGUUUCAAAGUAUACACUCGCACAUGCGCCUAAGAGUGUACAAACGGCUUCAACUGCACCAGCACCUGCUCCAGUUCCUGCGCCUGCAGUUGCAGACCUUCCUAUUGCUCCACCAACUGUACCAACUUCCACAGGCAAGUAAA